GUUGGAUAAGAUAGGAGUCGGAGACGAGUUGUGAGACAAAUCGAGCAACCAAAGCUUCGAAAAUGGCGAUGAGCUUCUCUUGCGCCUCAUCUUCCUGCUCUCCUUCCAUCACAUCCAUCUUUACCCACAAAAAAUCUCUUCCAGCAACACCAACUCCCUUCAGUUUUCUCUGUCAUUCUCUUCCUCAUUCAUAUUCUUCCCUCAGUUUCACUUCUCCUUCAUACCACAGACCAUUAUCUUCAUCCACGAUUGUUCCAAGGCUUUCCGUAACUGAAACUCCAUCUGUUGAAUCAGAAGCCGUUGCCGAAGAUUUUGUACCCGUGGAGUCACAGCCUGUCGAAGAAACCCCGCCGGAAUCGAAAGGGGAAGAAGUCUUCGCCGUUGUCAUGAUUGGGGGUCGACAAUAUAUUGUUUUUCCAGGGCGUUUUCUGUAUACACAGAGGCUCAAGGGUGCAAACGUUGAUGACAAAAUUAUUCUGAACAAGGUGUUGCUCGUUGGUACAAAAACUAGCACAUAUAUCGGGAAGCCCGUGGUGCCUAAUGCAGCUGUACAUGCAGUGGUAGAGGAACAGGGUUUGGAUCCAAAGGUGGUGGUGUUCAAGUACAAGAAGAAGAAGAAUUACAGGAGGAAUAUUGGCCACAGACAGCCAAACACUCGAAUUCGGAUUGUGGGCAUCACGGGGUAUCAAGAUUCCCCAGCAUCAACUCUCCCCUGAUUUAGGAACUGCGGUGACUUGUUUUAUUACAUCUUUGUACUUGAGAAAUACUUGAAUCAUUAGUGUAGUUUGUAUUUUUUGUUUUCUCUUUGAUGUAUGCUUUCUUUGCAAUCUACACAAAAUGAGGAUAACUGUCUCUAGUAUUUUGUAGUUGGUAAUGAUCUUACUUGCAUGA